AUGGAUCAGAUCAAAGCUUCACUUGUUAUCCUCCUUUCCUUGCAGUUGCUAUCCUGUCUUCUACCUGCAACCCCAGCUCCAAUCCAAGUCUACGGAGAGCUGGAGAAGACCGAGUCAAGUCUUCCAGAUCCAGAAGACAAUCCUAUCACCAAAGAGGAGGAUUCUGGUUCUCUGGUGGACUUUAUGGCCAGCAGCAGCCCUCAGAAGAAUAAAGACAGUCCUUCCCAGGUUGUUGUCAAAAGAUCCAUCGAUUGGAACAAAGUGAUCCCAAAUCGGCCCGCCUUGGCAAAAAUCGUCGUAGAAGGAAGUAUAGCUUUCUCUUUUGCUCUCCUCAUUGGAAUUGUUACAUGCUGUGUCCUUAGUGCCCACAAAAAUAAACUGAAGAAAUUUGCCCCUUUAAUCAAGAAGUACGCCAAAAAAAAUUACUUUUUGAGGCAAAUCCAGAAAGAAAAAGAAGCAGCGAGAAAGAAACUAAAGCGAAAACAUGGGAAGGAUCCCACUGAAGUUGAAGAAGAAGAAUGGAAGAGGAAUGACCUUGCAAGAAAAAAGAAAAAAGUUGAGGAAGAAGAAGAUAAGGAGGAGGAAGAGGAUGAUGAUGAUGAAAGAAAGAAAAAAAAGAAAAAGAGGAAGAAAGAUGCAGUGAAGAAAGGACUGAGUAAGAUUAAGAAAGUAGCAAAAUCCAAGGCAGUUCAGAAGCACGUUAAAAAGAUUAAGAAGGCUGCAAGACCAAAGGCCAUUAAGAAGCACGCUAGCAAGGUGAAGAAGAUGGCGAAAUCCCAUGCCAAGAAACAUGUCCAUAAGAUCAAAAAAGCUGCAAAGUCCAAGGCUGUCCAGAAGCACGUUAAGAAGAUUAAGAAAGCUGCAAAACCCAAAGUCCUUAAGAAGCACGCUAGCAAGGUGAAGAAGGCGGCGAAAUCCCAGCAGGUGGGUAAACUGAAGAAAGCCGUGAAACCCAAAGCUGUGAAAAAACAUGUUGGAAAGAUCAAGAAGUUGGCCAAAGCAGAGGUGAAGAAACACGUUGGUCAAAAGAGAAAGGCAGCCAAAACCAAGAGAGGAGAAGUUAGCAAAAGGACCAAAGCGGCCCGGGAAAAGACCGAUGUGAAGGUGAAGAAGGUAUUGAAGAAGGACAAGGAAAAGCAACUGAUCCAGAUGAAGCCGAAACCCCAGGAAGCUCACAAGAAGAAACAGAACAAGACAAAGAUGAAGAAGAAGAAACAGGUGAUUGGAGCCAAAGAAAGGUCACGCAAGAAAGGAAAAAGUAAGAAACGCCAACAAGAGUCAGAAUCAGAUGACACCGAUUAA